AUUUUUUUUAGUUAACAGAUUUUUUUGAACUAGUUAAGUUAAGUUAAACAGUAAGCUUAGUUAAUAAUUCAAUAAUUGGCCCUAUUACUGGUCAAGAGGUGUGGUUAUAAUUUAUAUCGAUUGCGCUUCUACCUACCUACCUACCUGUCUACUUACCUACGACCUCUCCCUCUUUCUCUCUCUCUCUCUCUCUCUCUCUCUCUUUGUCUUCUUCUAUCCCAUUAACACACUCCUCCCCUCCUUAACUCGAUUAAUUCCACCCCCGAUAUCAUCAAUAAAUUGUCGAGGAAAAAUAAUGGCGUCCAACGGUGUCGCAAAGGAGUCGAAGGAGGCCCGGUCGCUCUUCGAGCGCAUCGAUUUCCCUUCCAUCCCCAAGGAAGCUGGUCGCAAGAUCGCGCAAUUGGAACAGGAAUUCAUCCGCGCGGAGGUUGAACAGCUGCGCCGCUCUGUCCCUCUCCUACAACCGAUCUACGAGAAGCGCAAUGCCCUCAUCAACACCCCCGAGCUCCAGGAUGCCGACUUCUGGCCCCGCGUCUUCUCCAACGCUCCUGGGGAGAUCGACCACUACAUCCUGCCCUCUGAUGCCGCCAUCAUCGGUGAGACCCUGAAGAACCUCACUGUCGAGCGUUUCGAGGUCGACAAGAAUGGCAACGGUGAGCCACGCAGCGUGCGCUUGACCUUCGAGUUUCAGACCGGCGAGGCGAACCGAUUCUUUGAGAACGCCAAGCUGGUCAAGGACUUCUACUGGCGCAAGGAGGUCACCAAGACCGCCAAGGGCAAGCGCAGGACCUGGGAAGGCCUGGUUUCUGAGCCCGUCCGCAUCAACUGGAAGGAGGGCAUGGACCCGACCAAGGGGCUGCUUGAUGCCGCUGUUGACCUUGCUGAGGCAGAGAAGAAGCACGGUGGUGACAGGAAGAAGCUGCCCGAAUACGAGAAGCUUGUGAAGAAGGUUGCUGAGGUCGAGGCUGAUGCCCUCACCGGCGGUGAGGAUGAGGAGGCCGAUGAUGAGGAUAUCGGCGCAACCAGCCCGGCCGGUGUCAGCUUCUUCGCCUUCUUCGGCUACCGCGGAAAGGACGUCUCUGCGGAGAAGUCCAAGGAGGCUGAGAAGGAAGAGGAAGAGAGAUGGGCUAAGAUCGCUAAGGGAGAGAAGGUGGAGGAUGAUGAGGAGGAUGAGGAUGACGAAGAUGACGAUGACAUCGAAGAAGAAGAUGAUCUGGAGGAUGCUGAGAUAUUCCCCGAUGGUGAGGAUCUGGCAGUUGCUAUCGCGGAGGAUCUGUGGCCUGGCGCCCUCAAGUACUAUGUCCAAUCGUACGAGCUGGCCGAGGAUCUCGACUCGGAUUUCGACAUUGACGAUGUCGAUGAUGAUGAAUUCGACGAAGAGGACGCCGACAAGGAAGAUGAGGAGGAGCGACCUCGCAAGAAGGCUCGCAACUGAAUCGUUUCCGCCCUUGAAAGAAUACCCCCUCGUCGUUGAAAAGUCGUUAACCCCCCUUUGUUUUCCGUUGUAUAUUACAUGACAAUCACCAAGAUGAGUAAUAGUAUGAGCACGAAGAUCAGGACGGCUAUGCAAAAGGAAGACAUUGUAUCUGCCAGUUUCGGGAUUGUUUGUUAGUUUCAGAUAUCGCAAUUUGAUAAUCAAAAUCGCGGAGGCGCAAAGCUUACCCUCGUUCUUCCUCAC